AUGUCCUUUCGCGACUCUCCAGAGCCGAGAAGAGUGGAUCUAGCCGGUAUGUUCGGUUGCCUAGCGGACGCCGGUGAUGCUGGAGUGAUGGCAUUGGAAUCGGAGUUGACCACUUGCAUGAAAGAGGCGGAUGAAUGGAGGUUGUGGAGAAACAACCCAUCAAGCAAAGUCGAUAGGACUGCUGUCCUAGGGCCGAGUAUAUGA